GAUGAACAUGCAUUUAAAAGUUGUAAUCUUUGCUGUGUCCUUCCUGACAACUUCAGGAUACCCACUACACAGUGACAGCAGAGAGCCAACGUGGUCUGAUGGAAAGACCAACCAAGCUCAUGACAAGGCAGACCUCACAAAAGAUUUGCAAAAGGUUUACAAGAGCAGCAUAGACAGCAGUGCACUUUACAACCAAGAACAUGAUGACAACCCUGUGGCAGAGGAAAUGCAGCGCAAGCUCGCCAUGGAGUCGGAGCGCCUGCGCAUCCGUCUGCGUCAAGAGCUGGUGGAGCUGCGAGAGAGGCUGUCCCCAUCUUCGGCGCAUCUCAGUUCCCGCCUGGCCAGCAUGAGAGAACGCUUAACUCCCCUGACUCAGCAGCUCCAAGGCUCUCUUAGUAGCAACAGCCAAGAUCUGUGCAGCCAGCUGGGUCUCUAUCUACAGGCUUUAGAAACAGCUGAGGCUCAGGAGGAGGCCAGUCCGUCUCUGUAUCAGGAAGCCUUCGAGUUAAUCAGCCAAUCCCUGGAGCACAGCAGUUUUAAGUUUGCUAACACCAUCAGUGACUUUUAUACCAAAGCAAGUGGAGUGAUUGAACAUCUGAAACAGACUAGUGAUCGUGAAGAAGAGCCAAGCACAUCAAAUGUAUGGCUGGAAAUGAGCUCCAAGUUGGGACAGGAAGUGAGUUCACUUAAAGAGGAGGCACAGAACAGGGUGGAGGCCCUGAAAGUACAGCUUUCUGCAGUGCUACAAUCUGCACAACCUUAUACGGCAGAAGUGAGAGGUAGCAUAGAGCAGUUCUGCCAAAAUGCAUCCGUGGAGGUCCAAGUGCUUCAAGCUCGAAUGGAAAGGCUGUUUACAGGGCUGGAAAAGGAGCUUGGGGUCCCAAGAGCCUCUAGCGCGACUUCUUCUUCAUUUACACUCCAAAGUGGCUCUUUGCGGGAGGACUUCUCAGUUAAGCUCUCAGCUCUGAUUCAGGACAUUAUGCAGUCAAUGCAGUGA